CUUGUCUGCGUGCUUUUCCGCGACAUUUUAAUAUUUUUUGUCGCUUAAAACGUGUCCCGCCGUAAGACUGUUCGAAAAAGGCCCGAAGCCCUUUUUUUUCUCUCCAAACCAACGCCAACGACCUCUCCGCUUCUUGUCAAGACGGCGCUAACGGCGAGACCUCCACCUGGAAACUACUUUCGCCUCAACUUUCCUCUGCCCUCUCAGCCAAACUUGAGGAGGUGGUAAGGCCUGAUGGACGCGACGGAGAGCCAAUAGGAGUCGUAGUCGCCCCUAGCAACGCUCCAAAGAGGUGGUGAUCUCUGAGGAUGGGCCAAUCCGCGCGGAGAAUCCCGCCGGAGCCCGCAAGUUCGGUGGAAGCUGGCGGCCGGCGGGUAAUGCGCAUGCACAAAGGAGUUGCCCUGGUGCUGGAUUGGAAAUAGGUUUAUAAAAAAUCCCAGCGGUGAUAUAAAAAAAACAGCAAGAGAGGGAGACAGAAAUGAGGGAAGAAGCUGCUGCAACCCUUGCCUAGAAAAAAGGACUACACGAAAGAAGGAACGUGAAAGAAUUCAGCUGUUCCAUCUGUAUUGUCAGUUUGACUUAAGGAUGUGUUGUCUCUCAAAAAAUGUACAAAAGAAGACAAAAAUGGAAGAUUUGUCGAGACCUUUGAUGGUGCUAAACUUGUAGUAGCCCAUCGUUUUAACCGUGAUGAUAUUCUAAAAUUCCAAGGUUUGGCAUUGGUUUGCAUGGCAAAGUAACCGUGGAGAAGCCAGGCUACCACAAACUUAUGGAUUUUGAUAAGAGAGGGGGGAGGGGUGACACGGAAGAAACGAGAAGAAUGUCAAAAUCUGGCGGGCGCGGAACCAAUUGUGGCCGGAGUACAGGGACCAGUUCUGGAGUCUUAAUGGUUGGUCCCAACUUCCGCGUGGGGAAGAAGAUUGGAUGUGGGAAUUUUGGAGAGCUUCGUCUGGGUAAGAAUUUACUUUUUAAUGGAAUUGUGAGCUUGAGGAUUGAACCUAUAAAAUCCAGGGCGCCACAACUUCAUUUGGAGUACAGAUUCUACAAACAGCUGGGAAAUGCAGAGGGAAUUCCUCAGGUUUACUACUUCGGCCCUUGUGGAAAGUACAAUGCCAUGGUAUUAGAAUUGCUGGGACCUAGCUUGGAGGAUUUAUUUGAUCUUUGUGAUCGAACGUUUUCCAUUAAAACUGUAUUAAUGAUAGCCAUACAGUUGAUUACACGAAUGGAAUUUGUACACAGCAAAAGUUUGAUAUACAGAGAUGUUAAACCAGAGAAUUUCUUAGUAGGCCGACCAGGGAGCAAACGGCAACAUACCAUUCACAUCAUAGACUUUGGCCUUGCCAAAGAAUACAUAGAUCCAGAGACCAAAAAGCACAUCCCAUACCGAGAGCACAAGAGCUUAACUGGGACAGCACGCUAUAUGAGCAUAAAUACGCACCUUGGCAAAGAACAAAGUCGAAGGGAUGACCUUGAAGCAUUAGGACACAUGUUUAUGUACUUCCUGCGUGGUAGUUUACCUUGGCAAGGUCUGAAGGCUGAUACUUUAAAAGAGAGGUAUCAGAAAAUAGGUGACACCAAACGAGCAACGCCAAUUGAAGUCUUAUGUGACAAUUUCCCAGAAGAAAUGGCAACAUACCUCCGCUAUGUACGAAGACUUGAUUUUUUUGAAAAACCAGACUAUGAAUAUCUGCGAAAACUCUUCACUGAUUUGUUUGAUAAAAAUGGUUUUGUGUUUGAUUAUGAAUAUGACUGGGUUGGAAAACCACUACCAACUCCUAUUGGUUCAAUCCAUGCUGACAUACCACUCUCGCCACCCAACCGAGAUAAGGCACCACAACAAACCAAACAGGUGGUGAGCUCAACAAAUGGUGAGCUUAACACAGAUGACCCCACAGCAGGACACUCCAAUGCACCCAUUACAGCCCCAGCAGAAAUUGAAGUGGCAGAUGAUACCAAGUGCUGUUGUUUCUUCAAGAGGCGGAAGAGGAAAACCAUUCAGCGGCAUAAGUGACUCUGGAAACUGCUGUGAGAUUUACGUGUGUGUUCUGCGACUUUCCAGUCAUACUAAAUUCAGAAAUCCAUCUCUUUUGUGGCAGACAUAUGCUGUUGUCUAAGAUCAUGACUUUUCUGCCCAGAAUUUUGGGCUUCUGACAUUGGUACUCUUUUCUGCUGUGAAGUUCUUAUUGGUGGACUUGGCAAAUGCACCAUGCAAAAUUUUUACUUCCUUUACUGUGGGAGUCCACGAAAGCAUCGUCUCCGAAAUGUGCAUUAAAUAGGAUUAGUUCUCUCAGUGGGAUCAAGGCAGUGUUGAGUUCAAGUUUUUAAAAAGUUCCAGAAUGGAAAUAGCAGGAAUUACUUCAAGAUUUUUGUAUGAUGUUGAUUUAAUUUGAAACUCAACUCUCGACAUGCUUCAUUCAUCUCCAGUGUUAUGUAAUCGCAAGUCAUGCGAUAACCUUUUUCUAUUUUUUCCCCCCUUUUGUUUUGAUCAAUCUGAAUGCGUGGUGUAGUCACUGUCAUUGGGUACUGUUGGGAUAAGGAAAUACCUUGUAGGCUCCUUAUCUUUAAUUGCACUUUCGAUAACAGUUUGUAAGAGCUUUUGGAUCUGAUUGUGCAAAAACUGUUUCUAAAUGUACCUUUUUAAGGGAAUACAAAAACAGUAGGAAACGUAGCAUGUUUUUAAAUGUAAUAAUGUUUGCAAAAUGUAAGUGAAACAGUUACAUUAUUAAACUGGGUAGAAUUAAUGUGAUAGUUCACAGAAAACGAAAUCUUGUUCAAAUUCAGAUCUAGUUUGAGCUUUUAAGAUCCAGAUGUCAUUUAGGGCUGUAUGUGAAUUGGAGAUGGUCAUCAUCGAAAUUUAGCAGCUGAAUCAUGUGACAAAAAGGGCACUUCAGACACAGUAUGUCGAUGUGCCUUUUAGUAGAGGCACUUUUAUGUUGGGUCUUGGCAGAACAACCCAGUUAAUAGGGUAAGAGUUUGGUAUAGUUGAAGGUUUCUGCCAUAGUCAUGCCAUUUAAUAAAAGAUCAACACACAGGUUUUGUCAGCAAUACCCAAUUGAAGAACCAGGUAAGCAGAAAGAGGAUUUAAUAUUUCAAAACAUUUGGCAUUGACAAGCUUACAGAAAAGUACUUUGGAAGACAAAAUUCUUGACCUAGUUCAACUUGUUGAGUAUGAAAAUGAUAAAAGAACUUUGAAAAGUUUUCAGUGUAGACAGGAGCAGUGAAGAAGGACAAAUUAGCAAUGAUUUAUGAAAGCCUAUCAGAGCAAGGAACAUUCUUGAGGUUUCAAUUACUUUGGAAAGUUAGUCACCUAAACUGUGACUAAGUACCUCAAUUUCUGGAUUGGAAGCCACAGCUAGUCUUAAAUGGGACAAAUUAAUUUGUAGCAAGUCUUCAUUUCAGAAGUUUACUGAUUACCAAUUUUACCCAUAGCUUUCAAUGUGCUCUAUGAUGAUCGUAUAGCCAUAUUUUUGGUGUGUCGAACUACAAAGAUUUUAUGCACAAUUUUCUUUCAAAAAUCGAUUGUUUUUACUUUGAAAGACAUUUCAUUUAAAAGUUACACCAUUUUAGAGCCCACUGUAUUUCCCUUUUUUGUUUUAAGGCUGCAGGUUUUUCUCAGGAAAUUAGGGUACUUAAAAUGGACCCCUGACAAGACUGGGCUAUUGACUGAUUAUCCAUCUCAAUAGAUUCUUGUUGACUCUAGGUACAGGAGAAGUUUGGAUUGCAAACUUCAACCUAGAGUGAAUCAUUGGUGUCCUGCACGUAGCUAAGCUUUUAGAUUAAGUCCCUUACUAUGAGUCGUCUUUACAGAAGCAGUUUCCAUUGGUGCAGUACUUAACAAGAGGUCCACUUCUGGUGCAGAGAAACACUCAUCCACAACCACGUGCAACGUUUUCUUUGUGUAACAUUGAAUUUUUAGUUGGUUAAUUUUUUUUUUGAAUGCUUAAGUGUUGUUGUGGAUAGUGUCCAUUUGCCAGUGAGAUGUAAGAGGGAGGCCAACACAGAAACAAAAGGUUAGCUGUUACUGGUCGCCGUGGUGAAAUUUGUUUGUUCUUGGAUCGGGCUAAAAUAUUAAUGAAGAAAUACAAUUCUAAAUGGUUUUUCUAAGGAGAUAAACUGAAGUAAUUUUUUUUGCCUUUUGUUUUCUUUCCAAAAUCUCAUUGAGUAUUUGAAGACUUAGUUUGGCCAGUAUGGUUAAAGCACUUCUGAAAUCUAAUUUCAGGUGUGUCUGGUCCUUUCCAUAUGUUAAAAUAGAAGAUGAUUUUAGGUGGAGAAUUACACUUGUAGGUUUUUUUAAAAAAUAAUGUUAAGCAUUGUGUUCACAAAUAUCUUGUGGGCUGUUAUCAUUUUCCGAAUAUUGGGAAUUCAAAAUGUCAGAUAUGAGACUGCCCAAAGGUGUUUUUAGUUGAGGCUAGUAUUGCACACUUGUACUUUUAUUAAAUUCCACCCCCAAAAUAAACUAAUUUACAGUUAGAUACUAUAGACCUGUCCUGAGAGAAGGCAGAAUUGAUUUUGGAGUUGCCUAAAACAUGCACUUUCAUAGUGGUGAUCUCAAAUCUGCACAAUCAAUGUUUAAUUUCCCUUGGACAGUAAAAUUAUGGAGUCAAGUGAUGAGCAGAGUGUAUCUUUAAAAAUAUAAACCUAAAGUUUGGUGGGCUGUUGACGGUCAUACCUUAUUUUAAUACUUAUUGUUGUAUAUAGACUUUCAAAAAUUUAUGUGGGUAGUUUAAGCUGCCAGAAAUGAGCAAACGUUUGACUGUGAAUCAUCUCCAUUUCCACUUAAAUGGAUAGAAAGAGGAGUCUCAAAAAUGUCAAGGCAGUGCAAUGAUACCCACGCAUGCUGAGCAAUGUUUUGCAAAAUUCAUUUGCUGCCUUUUCUGCCAGGAUGGGUCUUUUAUUGUCUGGAAUGCGAUAAUCAUGAUUGAUAUUAUUGUGAACAUUAAAAGGCGUAUUAAUGUUUCAGAUUUUGUUACCUUUUUGUGGUGAACCAUAAUGCUCAGAAUAGCACAAAAACUGAAGAUUGACCUGUGCAUUCUGUAUUUUGCCCAUAAUUUAACACUUAACAUAAAAUGGUCUCUAUCCACAACAAGCACGUGAGCAAUUUCAGUAUGCUGUCAUUAAUUUUGGUGACUGUAAAAAGUGAAAAGAACCAAAUAAAGGGAAUACAAGCAAUUUA